CCAACGGCCACCGGAGGAAAUGCUAAAGAAAAUGUCGUCCCCACAACACGUCGCUGCAGAAGACUAUUAUAUAUCCCGAUUGUCCAUCCGUCAGCUUCCCUUUCGUCACUGAAGAUAUCUCCUCCCAUGAAAGCUGCUUCCUCUUGCUCGAUCCUUCAGGGCCUCUCCCAUUCCAUUUCCGGCCCAUUCAAUGGCAGCCUGAGCUCCCCCAGAGUCAGACCACCCUUCUUCUGUCACGGAACUUCAACUCCCAAGCGGCAAGGGAACCUUCUCGUCUUCCUCGAUUCAUCUUCCUCUGCCCUCCCAUUCCAUGCCACUCACCCCUCCAAGGGUUCGGUCUCUCGGCCCGCUCGGCUGAUUACCGCCUUCAGCUCGCUCUCGACCGAGCUGGAGCCCGAGGAGCUCGCAGUUCUUCUGGAAGUCGAAGGGGUUCUUGUGGAUGCUUACCGGGUGGGUAAUCGUCGAGCAUUCAAUAAAGCAUUUCAAAAGCUCGGGCUCGACUGUGCUAAUUGGACCGAACCCAUCUAUCUAGAUCUCGUAAGGAAGAGCGGUGGCAAUGAGGAAAGGAUGCUGAUUCUGUAUUUUAAUCGUAUUGGGUGGCCCACUUCAUUGCCAACCAGUGAGAAAAAUGCAUUUGUCAAAAGUGUCUUGCAGGAGAAGAAAAAUGCAUUGGAUGAACUCAUGAUGUCAAAAGACAUACCUUUGCGACCUGGGGUGGAAGAAUUUAUUGAUAAUGCCUGCAAUGAAGGAAUACCCGUGGUCAUUCUGACUUCCUACGGUAGAAGCGGAGAGAAAGUUGCCAGAGCUGUCGUAGAAAUGCUUGGCCACGAUAGGAUAUCUAAAAUUAAGAUUGUUGGCACUUCUGAGAUUGAGCAGAGUCUCUAUGGUCAACUUGUACUUGGCGGCAGAUUGCCAUCAGGGGUGGAUGAGGAACUGGUUAAGGAAGUGAGAAAAGCAGCUUCUGCAGAAAAACAAAGAAUAGCGGAGGAGGUCGCAUCCAUGCUAAAAUUGAGCGUUGAGCUUGAUACGAUCUCAUCUGAAAGCUUACAGAAUAUUGUGGCUGCAUUGCGUGCUGGGGCGGAAUUUUCUGAGGUUCCAUUGUAUCGUUGUGUGCUUGUUGCUGGAAGUCAAUCAGGUGUUUCAGGAGCUCAGCAGAUUGGAAUGGCUUGUGUCGUUCUUCGUAGCAGUUCUCGGGCAGAAUUCCCAUCAGCAAAGGCGACAGUGGAUGGGUUCGGAAGUCCAGAUCUCACCAUCUCUAGACUCAGGCGCAUAUUGUGAUGUAUCGGUGCCAGCGUCAGAUGCUGCAGUGACCAUGAUUCCAAGCAAACAAUUGGAAGAAGAGAUGAAUUGCCAUUGUAAAAGCGAGGCAGCCCCUUGCCCCUAUUUUUCCGCACCCGUCAAUUUUGUUGGUAUUAAAUGAAGGGGCAAAGGUUGCGUGUCUGUUCAUAUUGUAUCAUGAUGCUGCACAGAAGUAUCUUUCUUGUACUCAAUAAAUCCAUUACCAUGUGACAUGAGAAAAAGAGUGGGUACACAUCCCCUUGAGUCCUACCAAUCGGAUGUAUCGACAUUCGUUUCUUGGUUAGGCAGCAUUUUUUGGUUGAGUAUGUAACGUGGAACCUAUUCUAGUUGUGUCUGGAUAUUAUUGUAAGCAACCGGAAAUGUUGGUAAAGAAGUAGACAGAACAAGCGAUACAUGCGUUAAACAUAA